GAUUCUUCAGUUUUCACGACCCCUCUCUCUGUCCCUAUUUCUCUCCGAUCUUCGUUCUUGAAACCCGAGACGCUGUCAGCAGGUACGUGCAUUAAAUUUCUAUCAGAAAUCCAGAGCUCGUAUAAACAUCGCCAAGACUCGGAAUUUCGCUAAGAAUCCACCGGUUUUGAUAAUACCCAGGUUUAUCUUUUCUAGAAUCUUAUUGUGUCUUUUAAAAUUCCAGUUUUCGUGUUUAUUUAGACAUAUAAUCAUAAUUCUGAGUUGGGUUGUGGAAGAUUUUAUUGUGGGGGUUCUGUGGUUGGAUGCUCUGAGUCUGAGUACUUAAAAAAAGUAUUUCUGUCGUCGUGGGUGGGGAGGAGGAGGUAUACUAAGGACAGAUUUCAGCGACGGCUUACUAAUUUUUGAAGGGUAGCCAUGGGAUCAGCUGGGAUGAAGAGGAGUGCUAGGGUUUCCGGCGAUACGAUUUUAAGGUCAGGGAGACGAUUAGUUUCUAAGCGCAUAAGGUUAACGUCCAUGGCUGUUGUAGAUACCCAAGAAAACAAGGUUGAGCUUCUUGAUCAUGAAAAACAUGAAAGAGAAAUCAAGUUGGGUGAAUCCAAGAAACACAUAACUGGUACUGAUCAGGUUAAGGGAACUGAUCACGAAGAACCAAGAGAAAUCAAAGAGAAUGGACAUAGAACCGAUGAACAAGGCGAUGAGAUCAAAUUGGGGGAAUCCAAGAAAACGAGCUUGGUUGAUGAUAAUCUUAAUGGGGGUGAUAAAGUGAGUCGCACUAAGCGAUUUGGAGCUGUUUAUACCAGAAAACGAAAGAGGGCAAUACCCGGUGACUCAAGUUUAAAAAACAAUAGUUUGGAGGAAAAAUGCGGUUCAGAUAAGAUGUUUAAAAAUAAGUACUUUAAAAAGAGGGUUAGAACUAAUUUAGUAUCUGGGAUUUUCAAUUCAAAUUUAGGUUUUAAUGGGAAAGAUGUUUUAUCCAAAGGGCCUGUUAUUAUCUUUGGCACUUGUGGUGAUAAAAGUCGCAACAGCAGUAAUGGGUUUUCUUGUUCUGUUAGUUCAAUUUUAAGAUACAUGAGGAAGGUCAAAGUGUUCUCAUGGAGACAGUUUUCUCAGGACACUACUUGUACAAUGGGCCAUGGAUUCUUGAAAGUGUUUGGCUCAGUUCUUUCUAUACCACUCUUUACUGUUGACUUCAUUUCACUUCCAUUCUGCUUCUUGUAUAUGCAUUCAAGCUUACUUUUGAAAUUUGCAUUCCUAUCCUAUGCAUUGAUCUUACAUCCAGUUGUUGAAAAUUCUAUGGAUGAGGAUAUUAAAGUGCUAUCUGUUGUCACUGAACUCCACCAUUUUACUAAAUAUAUGGAAGUAGCAGGAUAUGAACAGGAGGAAUAUGUACCCUUUAAGCUACCGGGUUUUUAUAUUAGUUCAAAAAGUGAUGAAUUUUCUAGAAUUUUGCAAAAGAGUUAUCCGAUUUAUGAUAUGGAUUCUACUGAUGAGGAGUGGUUAAAGAAGUUUAAUAUUGAGCAGUUUGGGGCUAAUGAUUGUGUCUCGGAAGAUACUUUUGAGAAAGUAAUUGACGCUUUUGAGAGAGGAAUUUAUUGUAGUCCAAAUGAUUAUUCUAAUGCCACAUCAGCGAUUGAUCGGUGUUUCGGGUUGGCAUCAAAGGAUGUUUUAGAGGCUUUGUAUAGGUAUUGGAUGACUAAGCGGAAGAAAAAACGUUCGCCUCUAGUUAGAGUUUUUCAGUGUUACCCGCGUAAAAGAGUUAGAAAAAAUGCUACAAAUAUUGUUCUUCGGAAAAAACGGUCACUUAGAAGACGAAAGAGCCAACUUCAUGCAGGAAAACAAUCAAAACAUGUUGGUUUCUUGAAAGCGAUGCUGAUGAUGAAUGAACAAAGAACACUGGAAGAGGCUGCAAAGGCGUAUAUGAAAGUGCAUGAAACGCAAGAAGAUGUAAGGAGGUCAGAAAUGGCAGCCAUUGUUAAACGACAAGAAGCUCAAGCUCUUAUGGAGACUGCUGACUUGGCAACUUACAGAGCGACAAUGGCACUUAGAAUUGCAGAAGCUCGAGCAGCAACCACUGGGUUUACUUGGUGAGUGGGUGAAUAGAUCAUUAUUUUUCCCAGUAACAGAGGGAAGUAUAUUGUUGUAGAGCAUAUUAUAUUGUGUAAUGUUAUGUUUUUUGAUGAUGAAACCACACAACGGGUUUUGGUUUCUGCCAAAAUAUGGAAAAAAAAUAAAAAUAAGAUGCAGGUUUUUUGAAGGGUUUGUAUGCUAAAAUUAUUUUUAAAUUUUGCAUUGGGUUUAUAUGCUGGUUUCUCAUUAG